AGAGCAUCCUCCUUCAGUUGGCUGCUUAAAGAAGGGAUGUACACCUGUCGCAUGUUAGACAUGCACAAACCUGCAGGAUACAAGUGAGACAAACCCCCCUGCAACGAUAUUCAGGCUGCACAGGGGGAUGGGUACUCUUCGCGACCUCCAGUUUGCACUGCAGCUAAAGAUUGAGGAGCUUCGACAGAGGGACACACUAAUAGAUGAGUUAGAGCUGGAGUUGGACACAAAGGACGAACUCAUCCGUAGACUGCAAGAAGAACUGGACCGCUACAGAGCCGCCCUGUCCCUCCCUGGACCCUCUACAGUGGUUGCAGCUUCUGCAGCUCAAAUUGAGGACAACCGGAUUACAAAAAGGCAGACAGUCAUUUCGGAGCCCAUCACUCCAGAACUCAUGACUUUCGCUGUGGUUUCUCACAGAAGCUGUGACAAAAGCCAGGAAUCUCAAAGGCUGAUCCAGGCAGCGUUUUUGAAAAAUGACUUGUUGAAGAACCUCGAUGAAGAAGAAAUCAAGGCAGUCACUGCCUGCAUGCAGCGAACCGCUAUCAAUCAGGGCUGCUUUGUCAUCCAGGAGGGAUCCUCUGGGGAUCAGGCCUUUGUUUUAGAAGAAGGCAGACUGGAUGUGAGGAAAGAUGGCCAGCAGGUGCUCACCUUUGAGCCAGAGGACAUGUUUGGAGAGGUGACACUCCUCUACAGUUGGACCCACACCUACUCCGUCUCAGCACAAACAGACAGCAAGCUGUGGGCUAUCGACCGCAGGAGCUUCCAAUGCGCGCUCACACAAUGCGGCCUCAGACGCCUUUCUCAUUCAGUGGAGCUGCUGAGAAGCAUUCCCUUUCUCGAGUCGUUGCCAGACAAUGUCAUCAGAAAACUGUCUCUGCAUGUGGAAGAGACGAGUUACAUAGAUGGUGACUACGUCUGUUGUCAGGGAGCCAUUGGAGACAGCUUUUAUAUCAUUAGCAAAGGCCAGGUGAGUGUGAUGGAGAAGAAGCCCGGCCGCCAGGAGCAGACAGUUUUGGCUCAGCUCUCUGAGAGACAAUGGUUUGGAGAGAAAGCUCUUUGGGGAGAAACCACUUGGUCUGUAAAUGUUGUGGCUGUUGGUGAGGUGACAUGCUUGGUCAUAGACAGAUGGACCUUUAGAGAUGUUAUCGAAGGUUCUGGAUCUGACAGCCCUCCAAAGCUGCAGCAGAGCGAUGAAUCAAAAAUCGAGUCCAAGGGGGAUCCUGCCUCCCUGGCAUCUUCCACCUUAAGCGAUUUUCAGAUUAUUCGUACUCUGGGAGUUGGGGAGUUUAGUCACGUAGACUUGGUGCAGCUGAGAAGAAACAUCAGGUGUGUUUUUGCCAUGAGGGUCCUGAAGAAGAAGCUCAUCCUGAAAAGCGGUCAGCGUGAGCAUAUUCUGAGAGAGCGCAGCAUCCUGAUGGAGGCCCGCUGUCCAUUCCUAGUCAGACUAUACAAAACGUUCAGAGAUGCUGAGCAUCUUUAUAGUUUGACAGAAGCUUGUCUGGGUGGAAAUUUGUCCCGUCUACUCAAAGAAAAGGGAAAUUUAGAUGAAACCAGCACUAAGUUCUAUACAGCUUGUGUUGUCGAAGCGUUGAGUUUCCUCCACUCUCAGAGAAUCGUCUACAGAGAUGUCAAGCCUGAAAAUGUUGUUCUGGAUGAGCAGGGUUAUGGUAAACUGAUUAGCUCCAGAUGUCUGAAGAGGGUUGAGGAGGGUAAGAGGACAUGGACGUUCUGCGGGACGCUGGGCUACAUGGCUCCUGAAAUCAUCCUGAGCAGAGGACACAGUACAGAAGCAGACCUUUGGUCACUGGGUGUUUUUGUGUUUGAACUUCUCAGCGGUAGGCUUCCAUUUGAUGGUUCUGACCCCGUAAAGAUUCUCUCAGCAUCGGUUUGUGGCAUAGAUCAGUCUGAAUUCCCGGAAUCAUUCUGCAAAGAUGCCUGCGAUCUCAUAAGAAAACUUUGCAGGGGCAAACCUUCAGAGAGGCUGGUCAGUCAGACAAACGGGGCCAAGGCCAUUCAAAAGCACAAGUGGUUUAAUGGAUUCAACUGGGAUGGACUUUGCAAAAGAAAAUUGACCCCUCCACUUAUUCCUAAAGUCAGCCUUCCUCUGCAAAGUGCAACAUGUGCUCUUUAUUCCUCAGAGGCAGAGGAGCUGUGCACAAACUGGGAGGAUUUCUAAAUAGAAAUUCCAGACAAAGACACCUUUCCAGAGGGCAUACCUGCAGAUCCCUUUCACAGAAGAGCUUAGACUGUUUCAGACGCAUAAAACCUUUAUAGAUUUACAUAAAAAAUACUUGCAUAAGAAGUCUGUGGUUUUGCAGCUGUCCAAAGAAAAUCAAUAAACA